UCAUGGAAAAACACAAGAAACUAUAACUUUCAAGUAAACAUUUUAAAAAUAAGCACUAUUAAUACGAUUCGGUUAUGAUUUUGGGUAAUAAAUAAACACCAAUGGCCGCACUAUUUGGCUUACCUGGGGCAUUUUCCUCUCAAAUUGGUCAACGCAUUGAGAAAGCUACAGAUUCAUUACAGCCAUCUGAAGAUUGGAUGUUAAUAUUAGAAAUAUGUGAUAUGAUAAAUGAGACUGAUGAAGGACCUAAAGACGCUAUAAAAGCCAUUAGAAAACGCUUAACAAGUAGCCAAAAGAAUAACAAGUGCAUCCUCUAUACAUUAGUUGUUUUAGAAGCAGCAGUUAAGAAUUGUGGAAUUCGUUUCCAUAAACAAGUAGCAUCAAAAGAGUUUCUGUCAGAUUUAACCAAAUUGCUUGGAGGACAAAAAAAUCAAGUUGCUGUUUCGCAAGAAGUUCAAGACAAAGUAUUAUCACUUGUUCAGAUGUGGUCAGAUGCAUUUUCUAGUUCUCCAGAAUUUCAGCAAGUCCGAGUAUGUUAUGAAACUCUAAAAACUCAAGGUUAUGAAUUUCCAGCUCAAAAUUUGGAUACGUUAUCUCCUAUUUACACACCUAAAAAGAAUGAAAGUAAGAAAAUAAAUUCUUUAAAUCAUCAAGAGAUACCUUCAAGAUCUGGAUCUGCUAAAACCAAAACUUCAUCUGUUCCACACAACUACCAUCAAACAGCUGGUCGAACGUUACCACAAACAUCAGCCACACCAGUAGCAGUGAAUGCCACUCCAGAACAACUAGCAAAACUUCGAUAUGAGCUUGAUAUUGUUGAGAGGAAUGGAGUUGUUUUUAAUGAGAUGUUAACUGAAUUAAAUCCUGGUAGAGAAAACCCUGAUGACUAUCAUUUGCUUGUGGAACUUAAUAAGACUUGCAGAGAAAUGCAAAAAAGAAUUCUUAUUUUGGUCAAUUCAAUUACAAAUGAAGAAGUGACUGGUGUUCUUCUUCGAAUUAAUGAUGAUUUAAAUAAUACAUUUCUUCGAUAUGAUAGAUACGAAAAAAAUAGAAAAAUUAUUAAAAAUUCUGAAAAUCCACAUGUUGAACCAAAUAUGGGAGCUCAUGCUCACUCACCUUCUAUAAGACCAAAGGUUACAUCACCAUUCGAACCUUCUAAUAACAGUGCAUCACUGAUUGAUUUUAAUGCAGCUCCAUCAAGCACAGACGCUGUUGUUGAUGAUGAGUUCAACAUGUUUGCACAGUCACGUAGCAAGACUUAUGCUACAUCCCGCCAUGCUGGCUCUACAUAUGAAGACAAUAUUAAUGAUGUUGCAACUGAACAAACUCUUGCUGGCGCAUUGGCUGCAAGGGGUUUAUACCCACCUAUUCAAAGCAAUCUUUUAGUCUCUCAGCAGCCAUUUCCCACAGAAAUAGGAAAGGAACCUCAAAGCGGUAAAAACGAAUUUGACGAAGAGAUCGAGGAUGUCGAGGAGUGGCUAAAGGGAACUGAUUUGUCGCAACUUAAAGCUCAGGAAUCUGCUAAUCGUGCAGCCAUCUUGAAAACAAAAACAGCUUCUCAAAGAGAGGAAGAUGUUAGUGAUUCAUUGAGCAGAUCUGAAUUUGAUAAGUUUCUAAACAGCCGUGCUCAAGCGGGAAAUAUUGAGCGUCAAAGAACAUUGCCAGCAAGGCCGAUGGGAAAUUUAGUCGGUGAAACGCAUAAAGAUGAUACAUUUGGAUUAUAAAAACAAUAAAAAGAAUUAAUUGCAUGUUUUAAUUGUAACAUAUUUUAUUUAAUUUUGUAAAAUAUUUGUUUGUUUACAAUUGCUACCAGUUUAUUUAUUGUACUUUUUUUUUUAAAUUUGAAUACAGUUAUUACUUGUUUUUUUAGUUUUUAGCAUUUAUACUAUAAAGCAAGGCA